AUACUUUGUCAGACCUAAUCAGGAUAUUAACAUAUUAAUUCUAAAUAUUUGAAAACCAGUCUUAUUAUUUGCGCAGACAAUAACAUUGUACAUUGCUACGUUAGUUAUGUAUUCAUUCAUUUACAGAGCUGUAGUGUACAAUGAUAUUAAAUAAACAAACCACAAAGCAAACAUAACUAUUACGACAAGGUUACAAGUGAUCGGCUUCGGCCACUUGUGCUGUGAAAACUUUCAAAUGAAUGAAAUGGUUUGAAUUGUAGCCACUAGAGGGAUACACACACACGCACGCACGCACUCACGCACGCACGCACACACACACACACACACCCCUUCCCAACUCUCGAAACACUGUCCAACACUUGGAGGAGCAUGUGUGGAAAUGCUCCUGCCGUCAGUGCUUUACCUGUGACUUCAGCACAACACGAGAGGAGGAUCGGAAAGAGGAAAAACUCAUGCAGGACUGAAACAUGGGCUGGCCUGCUUCCAUCACAUUCUCACUCUUAAAAGACUGAAGGAUCUCCAGCGGAGCUCACAGCAUACAUGAGGACCCGCGAUGCUCUGGACACCUCCGAACCUCCUGCAGACCAUCUCAACCACUUCAACUUCUGACGCCGAGACAACUUCAGCACAAACAGCAUCUGAAUGUGCUCCAUCCUCAGAUAUGACAGCCCGUCAUGUUUGGACGUGUCCUGCGUUCAUGAAUUGUUCUUAAACAUUGUUUUGCGAGUAGAGAAAGACAGAAGUGCAGUGAGUGUGACUGAAGCUCUUUAUUCAUUGAUUACUGAUCGAAUCAAUGAAUUUAGACGCGAUCUCGUCAGAAGACUCACUUUAGCCUCCAGGAGAAGUAAAAAGAAAAACUCCAGCGCACAGAAGAGCUUCAUGGAUUUGUGUGUCUGGAACACUCGUCUUUGACAAAACGAUUGUGAAGAAAACAAAACAACAAUAACAAGUGGAAGGACUUUGGAGAGGGAGAGCGCGUCCCGUGCGCGUUUCUCUGGGACAUUACCAUACCCUUCUGCAUCCUCAUCAUCAUCCUCAUCAUUAUCAUCAUCGCUCUUGUAUUGAAUAAAAUGAAAGUUUGGACUUUUCUCCAGUGUCUCGCCAUCCUGCUCGUCCUGUGUGUGGGAUCAGACUGCGGGACGGUCCUGAAAAAGACCCGAUCCAAACGCGAGCUGGUGAAGAUCAGAGAAGCCAGAGCGGUCUUCCCGGGGGCUUGUGCCACCCGGCUGCCCCGGGGCAAGCGCUCCCUGCCGGCGCUGGAUCGCCGGCUUCCCCGGCAGCGCCGCCGCUCCUCUCCGGCGGAGGAUGCGAGCUCCUCUCGAGGAAGAGCCGUUUAUUUUACGGGCAGAGGGGACCAGCUGAGACUGAAGCCCGGCGUGGACAUACCAAAGGGCAAUUUCACCCUCCAGAUGUGGGUCAAAGCGGAGGGUGGGCAGCGUUCCCCUACCGUUAUAGCUGGUCUCUUUGACAAAUGCUUCUAUGCCUCCAGUGAUCGUGGAUGGUUGUUGGGAAUUAAAGCUGUGAGUGAACAGGGAAACCGUGACCCACGUUUCUUUUUCUCCCUUAAAACGGAUCGAGCACACAAAGUUACCUCCAUUCAUUCGAAUGCCCGCUACUUGCCCAAUCACUGGGCCCAUGUAGCUGUGACUUACAAUGGCCUCUACAUGAAGUUAUAUGUCAAUGGUGCUCAGACAGCUGUUAGCAGGGAACAGUCAGGUGAUGUCUUCAGUCCCCUUACUAAAAAGUGUAAGGUGCUGAUGGUGGGUGGAAAUGCCUUGAAUCAUAACUACAGAGGGUCUGUGGAGCGUGUUGGUUUGUGGCGACAGGCUCUCUCUCAGAGGCAAAUCAUGAGGGACAUGCAUGGACAUGAGGACCCUGAGGACCUGGUUGACCUGGUGAUCCGUGAGACAUUUGAACACCCAGCACGCAAAUGGCUAGCUGUGAAGGACGGCAGCUUCCCAAUACCAGAUGAGGGUCCUCGUGCAGGGUUGGGGUCUUUGGACACUACUCUGGAGCCUCCAGCUUGCGGACAGACGGUGUGCGAUAACACAGAAGUGGCACGCAACUACAAUCAUUUCUGGAGCUUCCGCCGCCCCAAAACAGUACGGUAUCGUGUUGUUAAUGUGUUUGAUGACUCCCAGCGCAAACCCACAGUCACAGAUCAACAGAUUAACCUGCAACAUCAGCAUCUGAAUGAAGCCUUUAACAUGUACAACAUUACCUGGGAGUUGACUGUGCACAAUGUAAGCAAUUCCUCUUUGUAUAACCGUCUGGUACUUGCCAACUGUGACAUUAGCAAGGUGGGUGAUGAAGACUGUGACCCUGAAUGCAACCACACUCUGACCGGCUUUGAUGCUGGUUACUGCAAGCCCAGGACACGAUGUCCUGAACAUAAACAAGGGAAUGGCAUCUGUGAUCCAGAGUGCAACUGUGAGAACUAUAGUUAUGAUAAUGGAGAUUGCUGCAACCCUAGCAUCACCGAUGUGACCAAGACAUGCUUCAAUCCAGCUUCUCCUUUAAGGGCCUAUCUGGAUGUGAAAGAGCUAAAAGAGAUCCUCAAGCUGGAUGGUUCCACGCACCUCAAUAUCUUCUUCGCCAAUUCCUCAGAUGAAGACCUUGCUGGAGUCGCUACCUGGCCGUGGGACAAGGAGGCACUGACACAUCUAGGUGGUAUAGUUCUGAAUCCGUCUUUCUAUGGUACAUUUGGCCACACUCAUACCAUGAUCCACGAGAUCGGUCACAGUCUAGGACUGUACCAUGUGUUCAGGGGUAUCUCUGAGGUCGAGUCCUGCAACGAUGCGUGUUUAGAGACUGAGCCUUCGCUGGAAACUGGAGAUCUUUGUGCUGAUACCAAUCCCACACCCAAAUACAAGUACUGCAGGGACCCUGAGCCUGGCAACGAAACGUGUGGCAACCGUAAUUUUGUUCACACGCCCUUUAAUAAUUACAUGAGUUACGCAGAUGAUGACUGCACUGAUUCCUUUACGCUUAACCAGGUGGCUCGCAUGCACUGCUACUUGGACCUCAUCUACCAGACCUGGCAACCCGAGUACCAGCCGCCUCCAGUCCCCAUGGCACCUCAAGUGGUAGAACAGAGACAGGACUCCAUUACUGUGGAGUGGUUUCCGCCCAUCUCUGGCCAUUUCUAUGACAGAGAAGUGGGAUCAGUAUGUGAUAAAUGUGCAGAAGGUCGCGUCCUCCUGCAGUACGCCUCGAAUUCUUCGUCUCCGCGUCCCUGCUCCCCAUCUGGCCACUGGAGCCCCAGAGAAGCAGAGGGACCACCAGAUGUGGAGCAGGCAUGCGAGCCCAGCGUCCGCACGUGGAGUCCACAUAACGGCAUGGAUCUGAGAAGGGUGCCUCCCCCCUGCCCUCUGCAAGGCUGCAUGUUACAGCUGGAGUUUGCAUAUCCGGUGGUCCCUGACUCCCUCACGGUGUGGGUGACCUUCUCCUCCCAGGAGGAAACAGUUCUGCCUGCCAUCCACAAUAUCAUCCUAUUGACUGUCAGUGGCAACAACCUGUCUCUGGGUCCCAGUAAUUUGUUCUGCGACACACCGCUGACCAUCAAGCUGGAUGUGCAUGAGAAGGUGUAUGGCGUGCAGUUUUUCACCAUGGAGCAACAUUUGGAAAUUGAUGCCACUCUGCUCACGUCUAAACCUGAUUGCCCACUCUGUCGAGAAUGCGAGCCACUGCAUUAUCUGCUCCUGCGCCAGCCAGCGUUUCUUCACUCAACCCAGGGCGUCAUGCUAAGAGACUCAAUGAGAAGAUAUGUGGACAGGGAAGUCGAGUAUGGUGGGGUUUAUACUUACCAGAUCAAAACAAUCUCCAGUCGGAGCGUGAGUGAACCAUCGCCUCCAUUGAUACACCGCCUUGGAGCACCAUACUGUGGAGAUGGUCUCAUCCAGAGGUCCCAGGGAGAGGAAUGCGAUGAUAUGAACACAAUGAAUGGAGACGGCUGCUCCGGCCACUGCAAGAAGGAGCCGUUUUUUAACUGUGUUGAUGAGCCCAGCAUGUGCUACUAUUAUGACGGCGAUGGUGUCUGUGAAGACUUUGAGCGGGAGACGAGUGUGAAGGAUUGUGGCUUGUACACACCGAAUGGUUUUCUGGACCAGUGGGCCACCUCAGUGGAAGUGUCCCAUGAAGAGAGGUUGUACUGCCCGGCUGACGUGGCUGCUGGAUAUCCUGCUAUUACAAAGACGUGCCAGUCUAAAGUGUUUGACCUCUCUGAUGGAGUGUCUCAGUAUGCCUGGUUUCCAUGCCGAGAGGCUCAGGGUGUUUCCUGGUAUCCCCAGUAUUGGUUAAAGGCGUAUUUCUCACAUCCUAUGGUUGCUGCGGCCGUUAUCAUCCAUUUAGCCGCAGAUGGAACCAGCUACAUUGACCAGGCUCAGUGUAACAUCACAGUCCAGCUGAUCGACACUAAAGAGAGCAUCCACAGCUUAGGCGAUUGGCGUUUGAGCUGCCGCACCAAUCCUCUGGUCAUCCCAGUGAGUCAUGACUUGAGCAUGGCCUUCUACCACACCAAAGCCAUUCUCCUCAUGUUCCGCUCCGAUCUCGUGGCCAUCUCUGGCGUUGGCUUGCGUUCCUUCCAGUUCUUUGACCCAAUCACCAUCAGCGGCUGUCAGAGCAAUGAAAUAUACAACCCCAUGGGCCAGAGUUGUGUUCAUUACUCCUGUGAAGCCAUUGAUUGCCAAGAGCCGCUGAUCCGGAAUGCAAAGGUGCAGUGCAGCGACGGCGGCUACUUCAAUGGAGCACGCUGCACUGUCACGUGCCACAGCGGCUAUGUCCUACAAAUCCACCGGGACGAUGACAUCAUCAAGAGCCAGACGGACUCAACCGUGACCAUCACCUGUGCUGAUAGGAAGUGGAACAAGCAAGUAUCGUGCGAGCCAGUUGACUGUGGGCUUCCAGAUAAGUACCAUGUGCACCCAGCCCACUUUGAUUUCCCAGAAGGCACCACCUACGGCAAGAAGAGCACGUUCCAGUGCAAGGAGCCCGCGCAGCUCGUGGGCACAAAUAACACUCUGACCUGUAUGGAGGACGGCCUGUGGUCAUUCCCGGAGGCUUUGUGUGAGCUCCGCUGUCCCGUGCCUCCUCCCGUGCCCAACGCCGUGCUUCAGACCAAACGCUGCAAUGACACGGGUCUUAAAGUGGGCACCCUUUGCAAAUAUAAAUGCAAACCGGGAUACCACGUGGCCAACAAGCCAAAGAGGAGAGCCUUCAAGCGUCAAUGCACAGAAGACGGCCGCUGGUUAGAGGGAUCUUGUGAGCCGGUCACUUGUCCACCUCCUCCAUCCGUCUUCUAUGGCAUGUACCAGUGCACAGAUGGCUUUAAAUUUGACAGCACCUGCUGGAUCCAUUGCAAUGGGGUCAACAACACAUUGAGACAACCGCCAUGCAAACAGGGGGUUGGCAACAAUGUCAUCCGCUGCAGAAAGGAUGGGAACUGGACCGGAAGCUUCCGCUUAUGCCCUCAGCUGAAGGGUCAAUGCUCUCUACCUCAGAACCUGCAUCCCAGCAUCCGCGUCAGCUGCAAGAAGGGCCACGGCAUAGGAGAGGAGUGUGAGUUGUCCUGCAGAGACAGUAACAAUGAUGUGGUCAUUCUGCCAAGCAACGUAACGGCCAACAGCAUUAUGAGACAUCACUGGAUGAACCCUCCCAAAGUCAAGCACAUAGUCUGCACCAUGGGCCUAAAGUGGUACCCCCAUCCGGAAGUCCUGCACUGCAUAAAAGGAUGUGAGCCUUUCAUGGGUGACAAUUACUGUGACGCCAUCAACAACAGAGCCUACUGCAACUACGAUGGAGGCGACUGCUGCCAUUCCACUGUCAAGACUAAGAAGGUGAUUCCAUUCCCAAUGUCUUGUGAUAUCCGAAGAGAGUGCGCUUGCCGGGACCCCAAAGCCUUGGAGAACCGUAAGGGAGAGCACUUGCACUCACUUGGUUAACAAGCUCCUUCAAGCCGGUGCGCAGACUGGGACAGGAUGAGAUCUUCUUCCCAGAAAUGCUGCUGCUUCACAGUUGUACCUCUCCUCCUAUAGCUGUUCAUCAUUUCCAAGUCCGAGUCUACCUGCUAUCUCUUACACUACGUUUGGAAAAGGAUCCCAAUGUCAAGAACCCACAAAGGACCAAAGCUGGUUUAUGUAUGCCAUCUAUAGAUCACCCACAACCCCUCCAAAAGAUGAAAGCAAGGCAUCUCAAGGGAACCGUACUGAUUUGACCAAAGCCAUUCUCAAAGCCAAAAGCACUCUCGAAAUCUUUAAGGGGACUUGAUUUGUUUUAGUUUGUCUCGGAUGUGACCUCAGUCAUCCCAGGAAGGUGGUGGGUGGUGUUUCUACUUUUGCCCUACGGAAACAGACUGGGUCCCAAAACAGGGGGCUUCACGGUUGGCUGGAGAGCAAUCGCAGAACAAUCGUGGGUUGUUUUUAAGACUAAUCGUUGAUUUAUUUUAAGGUUUCUGAAACUUUGCAAACCUAUCAAAUAUAAAUGCGCAAUGGGGAAGAGCUGCAGGUCUCGUCGCACACUAUUUAUGUUCUGUUUUGAAAUAAUUGCGAAUCGAGGUUUGUUGAAAAUGCACGCUGAUAGAUCUGUGCAUAAAUGAAUGAAUUAGUUUCUUUAGCAUGGCUGCUGUUGUUGCUGCUACAAUUGCUGCUAAUUAUUCAAACAACAGACAACGGGAAUAUGCAGGCCAUGAUCUAAUGUGUCGUUAGUCUGCCUUAAUACUUACCUCUGAUCAAUAACCAUCCAUGACCGAAAACCUCCCAUUACAGCUCCGGGCCAGUGCUGAAUUGUAACUCAUUUGGUCCAAAUGCAAAAUAGACACAAAUUCCUGAAUGUAGAGGCCAUUGUCGUUAAACCUUUAAUUUAACGGAAAUGCUUAGUUCACCCAAAAUCUGACUCUAACAUUUAUAGUGUUCACUAUUUUUUUUUCGGUAAAACUUCGGUAAAACAAACAAAAAAAAAGUAUUCCAUGCAAGUCUUCUGAAGCCACACAGGUCUUGUGUGAUGAAGAGAUUGAAAUGAAAGUGAUUAUUCAGAGAAAAUCUUUCCGUCUGCUGCAGAUCUCAUUGUCGCAUGUCAUUCUCCACUCUCUGGUUUUUAACAUGCGUUAGAACCAAUGACAACAAAGUGUGUUGUGACGUCCAAAGGUGCCAUAUUUCCGUCUGACCGCGGACAUGGAAGGUAUUUGUGAGCUCUGAUGGAGGGGAAAAUUUUCAGCAACUAAAAACAGAUUAACCUUUGGUCUGUUCCUCACACAAACCCACCAGCUUCAAAAGACCUCAUGAGUACUGUGGACUGCUGCUGUAGUACUUCUGCAGUGCUUCGCAUUAUUAAAUUGACCAUGAUUAUGUAAUAUGAAUGAUUUCGACAAAUGGAGACACACUUACACACUCAGUGAAUCUGCUGCCAGUCAAAAACGUUUCAAAGGUAACUUGCUGCACACGUGCCAACUUUUUAACCACUUGUAUGUGUUUUUGCCAAAAAAAAAAAGAAAAGAAAAUAAUUUAGCUUCAUGGUAAUCAAAAUUACUUUAUAUAUGCAAAAUUGUAAUCGUAUUUCGAGAUAGAAAGGGAGAAAGGGAAAAUCACUUUAAUGAUUAUUGCUUUCGAGGGAUAGUUUACCCAAAAGUUAAAAUGUGCUGAAAAUAUAUUUAGGCCAUCCAAAAUGCAGAUGAGUUUGCUGCUUCAUCGGAUUUGAAGAAAUAUAACUUUUUAUCACUUGCUGCAGUGAAUGGGUGCCGUCCGAUUGAGAAUACAAACAGCUGAUCAAAAUAUCACAAUAAUCCACAAGUAAGCCAUACCACUUCAGUCAAUCAAUCAAUAAGAAGUUUUUGACUUCAAACUAUUGUUUUAAUCUAAAAUACACACAUUCACACAAAAGUCAUCUGAUCUGAAUUAGGUAAGAAAUGUGCACAGAUCGAGCACCAUUUACAACCGAAAAAAGUCCAAAAUCGCUCUAAAAUGUGGGUGGAUUUUUCCGUCACAACAGGUGAUGGACUUUUCACUGGAGGAAGCAUUAUUAUGGUUUAUGGACUGAUGCAGGCAGUCAGUUAUGGAUUCUGAUGUUUUAACCAGAAGCAAUGGUAGGAAGUUAAAACAUAUUAAAGAUGGAUUUGUUUCUGACAAACACACAGCAUUGGCCUCACAAGAUGUUAACUGUAGAACUGUUGUGUGGAUUACUUGUGCAUUUCUGUGAUAUUUUUAUCAGCUGUUUGGACUCUAAUUCUGAUGGCACCUAUUUACUGCAGAGGAUCCAAUGAGGAUCUUUAAAUCUCUUCUGAUGAAGAAACAAACCCAUCUAAAUGGUCCGUGGGACACUAAAAUAUCAGCAAAUCUUCAUUUUUGGGAGAAGUAUUCCUUUUAUGCAUUCAAAAAAGAACUUAAGCAGCCUCUAUAUACAGUAUGUUUAAUUUAUUUGUUCUUUUGUGUAAUAUUUGGCUACCAACUGUGAACUACUUCUUGAAACAAACCUCUUCCCCUUAUGGCCUUAAAUGGUUUUAACUAGCUUCUCACUAAGGUCAGAAUCUCCAGGUUUGACUCUCUGUAUCAGAUGUGUCAGACCUGUUUCUGGAGUGCCACCAUCCUGAAGACUGUAGUUGCGGCCUACUCCUACACCUGCCUAAAUACCUUGACUAGCUGGUUCAGGUGUGUUUAAUUAGGAUUGUAGCUAAACUCUUCAGGAAGAACUUAAUUUAACCCGAAACCCCGGUCUACAGUGAUAUCCCCUGAUAUCGGCUGUUCGUUCAAAAUGCCACAAGCCAUAAUGCUUAAGCAAAAAGAAAUAAUUAAGAAAUAAUUAAACUGUUACUGUGGUACUCACCUGCUGAAGAGGUUGCCAGAUGCAAAAAUUCAACACAAAACAUUUCUGAUAAGGUUUGUCGUCCUCUCUUUGAAUUGAUUAAUUUAGUGCGAUCAGGCCAAGGCUAAGGAUGUCUUGAACGUUGGCUGUUGUGUUAGAGAUUAAAGCAUUAAAGAUUAUUUUGCCUGAUGUUUUAAUAAUUGGCACCACUUUGUGCAACUGUAGAUGUAUGGUAGUUAAAGUAUAGUAACUUAGACAUUUAUGAUUAAGGAAAAAAGAUCUGGAGGAAAGUCGGACAACCAUAUUAUUCUUUAGUUUUUUUUUCUUCUUUUUUUUGGAGUCCUCAUGUAUGUGGCACCAAGAUUUCAUGAUCGGAUGCCCAUGUUUUCUUUUAUUGCGCUUGUAGUAUCACAGGUGCAGUCAUAUAUAUUUCUAAAGAAAAGAUAAAAUAAAUGAAAAAAACAUAAUCUUAUGUACCAGUAGUCAGUAUUUGUAUUAAUGACCUCAGUUGCUGCACUUUUUCCGGUAGCCCGUCGAACGAAAGUUAAAACUUCUAAAAUCGCUGCUAUUGUUAGGCAGGACAAUUUGGGAGGGAUUAUGUGUUUGUGGUGAAAUUAGUAAUGUUUGAUUUUCCUUUUACUGUAUGAUAUUAUCAUAUGCCUCUGUGAUUACUGAUGAUUAUUGUGGUUCCACUUGCUUCACGUCCGGUUUUGUCGUAAACAGCAAAGCAAUGUGACAUGUGGAAACAUGUUUAUUGAAUUGAUCUGUCUGAACAAACCUUUGGGAUCAUGGAAAAACUGGCUUUAAUAUUUAUGUUUCAGAAAGUGUGAAAAUUAAGACUUUAAAUGGGUCAUUGUAUGUAUGUAUGUAUGUAUGUAUGUUUGUUUGUUUGGAUGUUGUUGAUUUUUUUUUUUUUUUUAAUUAGCCAUCUUGUGAGUUAGAUCGAAGGAUGUAGUAUUGUUAUUAUUAUUAUGAAGGAACUACAACAGGAAAAAAAAAAAACUAUACAAAGCACGAGAGUAAAAAAAAUUCUAAUAAUAACAAUGUAUAAAGAUUUUGUUUGCUAUAUAUUCUUGGGAGAGCAAGUGUAUUAAGUUACUAUUACCUGAAAUUAUGUAACUGUACUCAAGAUAACAUUAGUCAGCAUUUAUUGCCAAGAUGGACAGCAAAACUGAUCAGCAACCAUGUCGCCAAGUUAGCACGAACAGGUUUUGUGAGGCCUGUCAGCCAAUGCUUCUUUUUUUUUCAGUUCUUCAGAAAUGUACCGACUAACUGCCUGAAGUAUCACUCUUCUCAGACUUCUGUUUCUCCAUCACUAUGUGCAAAUCAGCGAUCCAAAACGCUGAGUGCAAUUACGCCAAAUACUCAUCAUUUCUGCUUUAUUUUUGACAUCUGUAACAGGUCUGAGAGUGUUUGUUGGCUUGUUAAAUGAAGUUGCCAAUGGGCUGUUUGACACACACUACUGUAAGCGCCGUAGGAUUUCUUGCUGUACCUCAUGCCUGUAAUGUUUGCUGCUUCCAUAUUUUCGUAUGUUAGUGGUUUGCGUCUAUUAGCGACAUAUAAUAGUGUACAUAGUAGAACUAUUUAUUGAGAGUGUUAUACUUUUGUAAGUUAUAUUUUUUAUUGUUUAUGUAAGUUAUUUGUACAAUGGUCUUAUAAGUGUAAAAUUUGAUUAUCGGGGCUCUUAUAUUAUUUUUUAUUUUCUGUUUAUUCUUUUAUCCAUUGCUCCAGUUGAAGAACAAAAAUACAACACUUUAGAAAUAUAUAUAUUUGCCAUUCAAUGACAGAAUGUCUAAGUCACACCUCACAGUUUUCCAUGCUAUGGAAAUACUGCCAUUAAUGCAGUUGGGACAUGAUUGUAACUAAAUGUUAUAAUAAUGUAAUAUAUGUAUGUAAUUGUUUGUUAAUACAGUGCAUUUAUUCUAUGGCAGUCCCAAGGAGAGGAGAAUGUGAUCACAGUAUAUCUCGCAAUAAAAAAAAAAAAAGAAAUCACAGUUUUAAAAGUGAAAUUCAUAAACUUCCCAGUUUGUACCAAACAUUUUGAAUGUGUCUUAAAAUCCAUGAAAUUCAGAGCUCGCAUGCAUCAGCAUUGGACAGGUGAAGAAAACACAUUGCUGUUUUUGGCCUGCCAAUAUGUUUGUCCAGGUGUCAAAAUAUGGACGGGCACAGCAAAACAUCAGCGUUCGAUGAGUCAGAGUUUCUUCCCUGACUAGUGCUCACUAUUGGGAGUCCUAAAAGUCGAAUUAUAUUUAUUUGAAAUGUUGGUCAGAUGGUGGAAAAACUGUAAGAAAACAAACUGAUGGAAUUGUAUCAAGAGCUUUAUUACAGGUUAAUAUGAAUGUCUUGACCGGUUGUAAAUAGUGAUGUGAAAACGUGUACCAGUAAAAUGCCUUGUAUAUUUAAAGAGUUUCAUUAAACACAAUGAUAUGUUUAUGAAAGUUAUUUAAAUUUGAGAAACGCACCAUGGUCAUCAGCAUUACGGUUACAUCAGCAUCAAGAGUUGGAUUUCAAGUGUCCUUUAAUUUGAGUCAGUGUUCAAAAUUCUCUCCAAACAGACGUCUUUGUGCCUGUUAUUAAAACCCAUUUGUGUUUGGUGAUGCUGGCCAUGUCUGCUCUUCACAUUGCUAAUAAAUUCUAAGCAAAAUUCUGA